UAGGGAGCGCGGCUGUUCCGUGCCGGGUGGUUCACGCGCGAUCGUCGGCGCCGACGGCUGCCGCCGUCCGUCGGUCUGUCCGCCCGCGGUCGCUUCCCCUUCUCCUCACCACCAGCCCCCUCCUCCGCCGAACUAGCGCACCUAGACCUCCCCGUUGCCGCCGAGCCCGGCCGGGGCCUGCCGGCGCCGCCCGCCGAGGGCUAGAGCUUUCCCCGCCGCCGCUCGCCCGCCCGCCCGCCCGCUCGCCAUGGCCCGCGGGAAGGCCAAGGACGGCGACGGCAACUGGAAGAAAUUCAUCUGGAACUCGGAGAAGAAGGAGCUGCUGGGCCGCACCGGGGGCAGCUGGUUUAAAAUCCUCCUCUUCUAUGUCAUCUUCUACGGUUGCCUGGCAGGUAUAUUCAUUGGGACCAUCCAAGUGAUGUUGCUCACUGUCAGUGAAUUUGAGCCCAAAUACCAGGACCGAGUGGCACCUCCAGGACUGACUCAAAUCCCCCAGGUACAAAAGACAGAAAUUUCCUUUACUGCCUCCGAUCACAGAAGUUUUGACGUGUAUGUGAAGAACCUUGAGAAGUUCCUAAAGGACUACAGUGCUGAUCAGCAAACUGAAAACAUCAUAUUUGAGGACUGUGGGGACACACCUACCGAUUACAAAGAGAGAGGACAAUAUAAUGAUGCCCAGGGCCAGAAGAAGGUCUGCAAAUUCAAACGUGAAUGGCUGGAAAACUGUUCUGGAAUAAAUGAUCCCACCUUUGGGUACAGGGAUGGCAAACCAUGCAUCCUCAUCAAGCUCAACAGAAUAAUCGGCUUCAAACCUAAGGCCCCCGUAAAUGAGAGCCUCCCUCCAGAGAUUAUGGCAAAAUACAGCCCGUAUCUCAUCCCUGUCCACUGCGCUGCCAAGAGAGAGGACGAUGUCGACAAAAUAGGCACAGUGGAGUACUACGGGAUGGGCGGCUACCCUGGCUUUGGCCUGCAGUACUACCCCUACUACGGCAAGCUGCUGCAGCCGCGGUACCUGCAGCCGCUGGUGGCUGUGCAGUUCACCAACCUGACCUACGACGUGGAGGUGCGUGUGGAAUGCAGGGCCUACGGGCAGAACAUCCAGUACAGCGACAAAGACCGCUUCCAGGGACGCUUUGAUAUUAAAUUUGACAUAAAAAGCAGCUGAUCAUAAGCACACAACUCCCUCCGCCCCCCCCCCCCAGCCAUUUAAAAAGGUUAAAAAAAAAAAAAAGAACAAAAAAGAAAA